GGGUCCUCGGAAAACCGAGAUUUGGUUUUUCAUAUGCGAUUCUUGAAAAAUUGUUGCUGCAUACACACGAAGGCUUACAUAUACACACAAGUGCUGACAGUUUAGCGGGAUUUCAAAUAAUUCUUAGCUGUUUUUUGUCUGUUACCUAAAAAAGUUAUUAUUAUAUCUAAAAUAUUAUUUCCUUGUCUAAAUUAACAAUUAGUUUCAGUAUUUUUUUUUUGUUAAAAAUUAAAUAUUUAAAAUUAUAUAUUUUACUUUGUUUUUUUGUAAAGCCUUUAAUAUUCUACCUACAGUGUGUAUGUAGCGGCUGAACAAUUUUUCGCCAACCAUCUUUAUCCGUUGACUUUAACGAGUUUUACAUGCUAAUUCUAUAAUAUCGAAAAAUUUGCGUUUGUAAAAAAUAAAAAAAAAAAAUAAGAAACAUUCGCUCCCUCAAAAUAUCAUCCCCAACAUACCUUUCGUGCUUGUUUGCUCUAUGUUACAAUAACAAAAAAAAAAAAAAAGAAACCACAACCAAAAAAAUAAGUAAAUAAAUAGAAAAAACAAACCAAUUAUUGACGAUUAAAAUUAUUGAAUUUCUUGUACCGUUUAAUUGACUUGAAUUUUUUCAUUGCAAAUAGGCCAAAAAGUGUGUACUUGUCCCAUGACCGAGGCGCGCGAUGGCCAACAACAAUACCUAAUAAUAAUAUCAUAAUAAAUAAAAAAAAAACCAACAAAGCUAUUAUAAAAACAAAACAAAAAAUACCAAUACAAAAAAUGAAAGCAAUAUGCAAAAUUCGAGUUUAAAAGUGGCGACGGGAGACAGAGCAUCUCCAUUUCCAUCUCCAGGCAGGCCGGCAGGCUGGUGGAACGAAAGAAAUCUUCUCAAGCCAUCGACGCUAAUCUCGCUUGACCCGCUCGCUGACUAAUAUAAAUGUGUUUCGAGAUUCGGAUUGAGAGAUCAGAUCAGUAAAUAUGCUACGAACCGAUCUCGCUCAUGGCCUAUGGGCUGCUGGCGCGCUGGUGAGGAUGAGGAGCACGAGGCGGACGCCGAUUCGCUGUACAUACAACCACCGCAAGCGAGCAGGGAAUCGGGAUCCGGUUCGAGGAGAGAGAAGAAGAAACAUUCCCGCGAACGCCGGCGUCACAAGGAACGGGAGAAUGUGGGUGGAGGCGGGUUAGAGCGCGAUCAUCGUUACGAUUAUCGGACCAGGGAGGAUCAUUACCACCAGCACCACCACCGAGAACGUGUCCACCAUCUGAGUCACGCCUAUCACUACCAACAGCCGCAGCCGGGCCAGCAGCAACAGCCGCCGCCGCCGCUUCCUGCCAUCAACUACGCCCAUCACCACCACCAUCAUCAGCAGCAUUUAACCGGAGCGAGAGCCGCUCCCCGUGGCGACUACCAUUCCUAUCCGUCUAGUUAUCAUUCAACCAGUCGGCACGCGGACUAUCCCAUGGAGGAGCCUCCGCGCCGAAGCAGCAAGUACGUGGAGAGCAAGGAUGCCGAAAGCCUCGAACAGGAUCUGCGCUCCAGGCUGUUAAAGAAGCGACACAACUACGUCAAGGACUACGAGACGGAGGAAAACUAUGAGCGGGGCGAUAGGGACAGAGAGCGGGAGCGAGACCGGGAACGGGAACGAGGCCGUAAGGAGCGGGACCGAAGUGCUCGAGCCCACAAGCAGAGCCGCCAUGACCGUGUGAUCGAGCUGCUCGACAGUCCCGAUGCGGAAUCACAGCAUCAACAGCACAAGUCGCAUCGCAAGUGGCGCGAGGAAGCAGAAGUCAGUCGCCGGAAGGUAACCGAAGAUCCGGAGCUAUCGGCACGGAGGGAGAAAAUGCUAGCCGCCGAGCGGGAGAACCGCCAGAGGAAGCAGAACGCUCGUGAGGAGUUGGAGGCCCGACGAGAGCUUCUGCGGGAGCGGAACGAGCACAGCGAUGCACUGAGUCCAACGGCAGUAGCUGCCAGUGUCACGGCGGGCUUGAAUAUUGUGAAGAGGAAGUCCAAGGACAGCUACGACCGGGACAUCAAGCACAAGAAGCGACGCGAAGAGGUGGAGGUGAUUCGCGACGAUGAUGAGGAGAGUGAGGAGAGCGACUCCAACGAGGAGGAGCGCGAAGAGGACAGCGCUGAGAGCGAGAGCGAAUCGGGCAGUGACGAGAGCUACGCCAGCAAAAAGAAGAGCAAGAGAAAAGCCAAGACACAGGCCGUGGACGAUGACGACGAAGAUCUGCCCCUGCCCGACAGCCCACUGAGCGUUGGCGAACUGUACAAGUCGCCAAAACAACGCCCGCGCUCCCGUUCCGCUAGCUCCAAGAGCAGCUCCCAGUCCAGUCGCAGCAGCCGCUCUCGAUCUCGGUCUAGGAGUCGCAGCAGCAUCGAGGAUGAGGAAGAAGAUCAGCGGGCAGCAUCUCCCAGCAGCAGCACUCGCAGCGAGGAGCGUGGCAUGGCCCAGCAGGUUGAGGAGAAAAGCGACGAAAAACUCAAGGAACGAGCUCAGAAAUCUCUCGAGGAUCAGCCGCCCUGCGACGACAAAGGUGUGCCGCUCCCCAACUACUAUCCCGGAGUGCAGGGCUGUCGGUCGGUGGAAGAGUUCCAGUGCUUGAAUCGCAUCGAGGAAGGCACCUACGGAGUAGUCUACAGAGCCAAGGACAAACGAACCAAUGAGAUUGUGGCGCUGAAGCGCUUGAAGAUGGAGAAGGAAAAGGAAGGCUUCCCCAUCACAUCCCUCAGAGAAAUCAACACGCUGCUCAAGGGCCAGCAUCCGAAUAUCGUUACUGUGCGUGAGAUCGUAGUCGGCUCCAACAUGGACAAGAUCUUCAUUGUUAUGGACUAUGUGGAGCAUGACCUUAAGUCGCUAAUGGAGACAAUGAAGAACCGCAAGCAGAGCUUCUUCCCGGGCGAGGUCAAGUGCCUCACACAGCAACUUUUGCUGGCGGUGGCCCAUCUCCAUGACAACUGGAUUUUGCAUCGCGACCUGAAGACCUCCAAUCUCCUACUGUCCCACAAGGGUAUCCUCAAGGUGGGCGACUUUGGAUUGGCACGCGAGUAUGGCUCGCCGAUCAAGAAGUACACAUCGUUGGUGGUAACGCUAUGGUAUCGUGCCCCGGAGCUCCUCCUCUGCUCGCCGGUCUACUCAACGCCCAUCGACGUGUGGUCGGUUGGCUGCAUUUUCGCCGAAUUCCUCCAGAUGCUGCCCCUCUUUCCGGGCAAGACCGAAAUCGAUGAACUGAAUCGGAUAUUUAAGGAACUUGGCACUCCCAACGAGAAGAUCUGGCCCGGCUACACUGACCUGCCGGCAGUGAAGAACAUGCUGUCGCAAAACUCACAGUUCACCGAAUAUCCCGUCUCGCAGCUGCGCAAGCACUUCCAGGAGAAGACUUCCGACAUGGGCUUGUCGCUCCUUCAGGGCCUGCUCACCUACGACCCGAAACAAAGACUGACAGCCGACGCGGCCCUGAAGCACACCUACUUCAAAGAGCUGCCCCUGCCCAUCGAUCCGUCUAUGUUCCCCACCUGGCCGGCCAAGAGUGAGCUGGGCGUCCGCAAGGCGCAGGCCUCCUCGCCAAAGCCGCCGUCGGGUGGUUCGCAAUUUAAGCAGUUGGGACGGGAUGAACCCAUCGUUACGGGACCGGGUAACAAGCUAUCCUCCGGCAUCAUUACAGGGAACAAGAAGAGCCACGGUGCUGGGGCCUCGUCGGCUAGCACGGGAUUUGUACUCAAUGCUGGACUCACCCAGCGUCAACUGGCCAUGGGACCGGGAUUCAGCCUCAAGUUCUGAUUCGAAUUCGAAUUCGAAUUGGGGCUGGGAUUGUGUGUGUUUUUUAGCCAAUUACGAUUAAGAUUAAGUGUUAUGUAUAGUUAGUGAUGUAAGUAAAAAAUUUCGUUUAAUUGUAUGUGUAUAAAUAUUGUUCCAUAUAUAAUUUAAAAAGCCAUACAAAA